UGUCGAGCAGCUUCACGCUGAAGGAACGCCAAAUGCCGGCAAUCCCGUGAUUGUUUACUACUACUACAACUACUGUAAUAUUUAUUAUUUAGUUUUAGUAACUGGUUUAUGGCUUAAAGUUUCAACGUUCUCAAUAUUCAAUCGAUUUGUGUCUUGUUUACCGUAGUCGAGGUGCCCAGAGACCCGAGUUCGCUGCUCGGUAUAAUGUCUGUUUUUCUACACGAAAUUUAAGAAAAACUGAAAUACCGGAUCGUAAAAAUGCAUUAGUUUAUUGGAAGACUGAAGUUGAUUAGUUUCUAACGCAUCAAAAUGGACACAGUUUAUCCAAAUGACGAUGAGAUCAAAUUUCGAAAACACCAUUAUAAAGGUGUUGAAGAAAUUUUGAACUGUGAAGUUAAAUGUACAAUUUGUAAUGAUGAUCUAUUACAUGAAAUUAUUUCAAAAAAAAUGAUUAUGGUUCAUCAAAGUCAUCUAUUUCUAUGUUGCUAUAACUGUUUCUACAAACUAUGUGAAGGCAAUAAGUAUAGUUGUAUUUUAUGCAAAUCCAACAAAGAUUUAUCUAAUUGUAUAAAGUGCAAUCUCAAUGUUUGUAAUAGGUGUGUUGAAAAUCAUGAAAUUGAUAUAAUAUCUAUUGGUGUUUUAAAUAAAUGCUUCAAUUGUGUACCAAAAAUGUUGUGGAAAGAAAGAGCUCAAGCUGCUAAUGUAUUGAAAGUAUUUUCUUCUCAAUUAUGUCUGCCUAAUGGUUUAUUAGUAAAUGAAACCGAUCAUGAACAAGCUGUUCGAAAAUACUUAGUAAAAGAAGCUAAAAUUGGACAAAAUUCUAAAAUAGAUAAUAUUAAAAACAAUUUAUGCAUUGAUUUCAUUUUUAAUUCAUAUAAGUUGUCUAUAACAAAUGAACUGUCAACAUUUUCUCCUAAAGAUUAUGAUUCAAUUAAUGAUAAUUUAAAUGAAUUCAUCAAUAUUUGUGAACAUGUUUUAGAAAAAACAUGUUCUACUUUAACCAAUUACAAGAGAAUAUUUAAUAUCAAUUCACAUUUGAGUCCUGGAGUUUCUUCUAUAAUGAAAUCUUUAUUGAAACCAGUUGAUGAAGAUGAUAACAUAUUGGUAAAUAAUUCUAUAUUAAAUGGAAAUCUAAAUAAAAACACCAAAAGCAAUACAGCCGAUCGUUUAAUAAAAACACCAAACAGAAGUACUAAAAGAAAUUUAAGAUCAGAAAAAAAACAGAAAAUUGAUACAAAUAAUUUAAGUACUAACAUUUCUUCUUCAAGUGUGCAGCCAAUAUCAUCCCCAAAUAAGUUAUCAGCAUUUAAGAACAUCAAUAAACAAUUAACUGUUGUUAUAGAGCGGUUAGACGAUUCUAUUAUAUCAAGUAUGAUGAGUAAUAAGUUGUCUAAUAAAGUUCAUCUUGAAUUGGAAAAAAAUGAAACAACUCAUCCUUUAAAUUUAUUUGAUGAUGAUAAUAGUGAUAGUGAUGAUAACAGAGAGUACACCAGAAAAUUGAGAAAUCGUACACUAAUAAAAACCAAUAAGGUAAAAAACCAGGCUAUAAACUCAACUAAAAGUCAAAAUAUACUUAAUGAAAAAUCCGACGAUGAAAAAGAAAAUGAUAGGCUUACUAAUUUAAGAACUAUUGAAAAAUGUUCUAAAAAAAAAAAAAGUGUAACUGAUGAUGAAGAUAAUUCUGAUGACACUAAUAUUAUACCAACUAACAAUACAAGUUUAAAAGUAUAUCAAAAUAAAUCAAAUAAUGAAAUAGAUAAGUUGGAAAGUAUUCAGCAAUUCCUUUCAACACUUGAUGCAACCGACUCUGAUACUGAUAAUGAUUUUCAAAAUGAAGACAAUUUAGAAUCGGUGAAAUGUAUUUUUACUGAAAUUAAAAAUGCUGUAGGAAUUCCUCAGAUUAACACUGAAGACAACAGUGGCGAUGAAAGUGAAGACAGCUCAAUUAAUGAUGUAAUAAAUUCAUGUUUAACUGCUUGCAAAAGACCUAGUAUUGAACAUUAUCAUAAUAAAACUCAAGAAACUGAAUCAAGCAUUUAUGAUAUGGAAACUAUUCAUGAAUCUGAAUUAGAAAAUGACAUUGAAAUGUCAGAAUCGUCAGAUAUACAUAAUAAUACAACUAUUGUUACUCGUUCAAGUAAAGUAACUCCAUUUAAAAUGCCAUCAACAAGUGAUGAUGAUAGUGAUUUCGAAUUUAAAAUCAAAAAUAAAACAAAAGGAGUAAAAAGAAAGCUGUUAACAUCCAACUCAACGAAAGAUUCAGAUUCUUCAUCAAAAUACUUUAAAAAAACACCAAAAAGAAAACUCAAAAAUAAUAUUAGAACUAGCUCAUGUGGCUUAACUAGUAAUAGCAGUAGCAAUAAUAGUAACAGCAGCAGCAGUUCUAAUGAGGAUUCAUCUCCUGUAAAUGUUAGGAAACGAAGAAGAAUUAAAAAAUUGUCUAAUGAUGAAUCUGAUGAAGUUAAUGAUUCUGAUAGCAAUAAUACUUCGAACAAUCGUUGUUUGCCAAAAAUAGGGCGAAAGAAUAUUCGUAAAAUGAAAAAAAAAGAAGAUCUCAGCGAAUUAACGCAAAGUGCUUUAAAAGAAGAAGGAUUACGUAAGAAGCGUAUUGAAAAACGUCAACAAGAAUAUAAUAAAUUUUGUAAUUUACCAAGACCAAUGGAAUCGUGUAAGAAAUUAGUAUUGGAUUUUGAUGAAAAUACAAUGGAAGAACUUGUUACAGUCCAUCCAGACCUUGUCAAAUUUCUUAAACCUCAUCAAGUGAAAGGAGUAACAUUUUUAUGGAAUUCUGUGUUUGAAUCAUUGGCUAGAAUAAAAGAACAUAAAGGAAAUGGAUCUAUCUUAGCUCAUUGUAUGGGUCUAGGUAAAACUCUACAAAUUAUAACUUUAAUUCAUACAUUAUUUAGAUAUCCAGAUACUGGCAUUAAAACUGUUUUAAUAAUUACUCCUAGUGCAACCAUUGAGAAUUGGUGUAAAGAGUUUCAUAAAUGGUUACACAAUAUUGACGAAAAUCAUUUCUUAGUACUUAACUUUACUGAUUCAAAAACAUACGAAGGUCGUAAAAACAUUAUAGAUGAAUGGAAAAGAGAUCAUGGAGUAUUAAUUACAAGCUAUCAGUUAUUUAGAUCCGUUGUUAAUUUUAAGAAUAUUGAUAAGUUCCCUACUAUAUCUGAAGGUCUUGUUGAUCCAGGGCCAGAUUUAAUUAUAUGUGAUGAGGGACAUGUAUUAAAAAACCAUAGCACUGCAAUAUCAAAAGCAGUUAAUCGUAUUAAAUCACUAAGAAGAAUUGUUUUAACUGGAACUCCAUUACAAAAUAAUUUAAGAGAAUAUCAUUGUAUGGUUGAUUUCAUCCGACCAAAUUUGUUAGGAUCAAUAAAAGAUUUUACUAACCGUUUUAUAAAUCCAAUUACUAAUGGACAAUACUCUGAUUCAACUGCAAUAGAUGUAAGAUUAAUGAAGAGAAGAUCACAUGUUUUACAUAGAAUGCUCGAAGGAUUUGUACAGAGAUUUGACUAUAGCGUUCUUACACCAUUCUUACCACCUAAGCACGAAUAUGUAAUUUAUUUGAAGAUGGCUGAUAUACAAAUAGAAUUAUACCAGAAAUUUUUGGAUGAUCAUAGACAACCAGAAUUAUUUAGUAAUUACCAUAUGCUUCAAAUGGUUUGGACCCAUCCUAAAUUAUUAGCAUUAUAUUUAAAACGAGCAGAAUCAAAACGAGAAAAACAAAAAUUAAAGGACGAAGAAUCACGUUUGUUAAAUGAUGAAAGUAGUGAUACUGAUUGUAAUUCAAAUUCUGUCGAUGAAGUUGAAAUUCCAGGUUAUGAUUUGCCAAACACUAAGAAUCCAGAUAUGCCUUACCUUAACUGGUGGAAACCAUUAAUACCAAAAACUAAAUUUGAAUCUGUAUACCCAUAUUCAAAGUUCAUAAUGAUGUUUUCAAUACUUCAAGAAUGUGAAAACAUAGGUGACAAAGUGUUAUUAUUCAGUCAGUCAUUAUUUACUCUUGAUCUCAUUCAAGAUUUUUUAGAAAAUGCCGAAGAUAUAGAUGAUGAAGGGGGUCCUUAUGGAAAAUCUUGGGAUCAUGGAUUAGAUUUUUAUAGAAUUGAUGGUUCAACUAGUUUAAAAGCGAGAGAAGAUUGUUGUGAAAAAUUUAAUGAUGUCAAUAAUCAUAAAAUGCGUCUUUUAUUGUUGUCAACAAAAGCUUUUAAUUUAGGUAUUAAUCUAGUUGGAGCUAAUCGAGUUAUUAUUUUUGACGUGACCUGGAAUCCAUCUCUUAACGUUCAAAGUAUAUUUCGUGUGUUUAGAUUUGGACAGAAUAAACCAUGUUAUAUUUAUAGAUUAAUUUCUGAGGGUACAAUGGAGCAAAAAAUAUAUGAACGUCAAAUAUCAAAGUUAUCUACUGCUUUUCGUGUAGUUGACGAACAUCAAAUUGAUCGUCAUUUUAAUUUGAAAUGCCAAGAAGAACUUUAUGAAUUUGAGCCAAAUACUACCAAACCGAAAUCAACAUUAAACUUACCUAAGGAUCGUUUGAUGGCCGAGUUAAUAUUGAAACACAAAGACCUUGUAAUGGACAUACUUGAACAUGACUCAUUGUUACAAAAUAAUGAGGCAGAAGAAUUAGAUGAAAAUGACAGAAAUGCAGCUUGGGAAGAUUAUGAAAAAGAAAGAGAUGGAAUCCAGACAAACAAUCUAAAUUCAACUUUAAUUCACAACUUAAAUUUAGGUUUUCCACAUGUCCAUAAAUCAAAUGAUGAUGAUCUACAACUGUUCAAUACUUUAAGAGAAUUAUUUCCUCAAGCUUCAAUGUUACAACUUCAUGAUAUGUUAAUAAAAGUUAAGAAUGCCCAAAAUGUUGAACAAUGAAAUAUAAUUAUAACUUCUCUUGUGUAGCAUAAUUUUUUUUUAUAUAUAUAUAUAUAUACUAAAAAUAAGUAUGAACUUCAAUAUAUUAAUUUAACUGUAACAUACAUAU